AUGCGACUCGACUUUCUAUCGGUUGUCAAGGGUGUUGAAGAGUCGUCGUCCAAAGAUCGAUUUCUGCUGCUGAACAGUCAAGUACUUCUGAAUCUUGUACCACCCCACGUCGCUCCAUGGGUAGUGGCAAGAACAGGCGAGCAGUGGCAUCAUGCGCAUCAUUCCGUCGGCGUUGCGUAUAUGACGAUAUCUGGAUUCAGCUUAUCGGAUGAACAGGGUCUUAAUGGCUUGAACUAUGUUGUUUACUUCUUUCGACCAGGUUUGGAUACGCAGCUGAGUAACUACCGGGGAAUUGAGAAAAUCAAAAGUGCAAAUCGAUUCUACAUUGUUGCAGUUGGACUUCUUCCAGAUGCCGCUCAAAACGUGAAUGAAACUCCGUGGACGAUCGGCGAACUCUUACAUACAUUGGCGCAAUUUCUACUUCAGGCUACUCAAUUCGCUACCGACAAGGAGUUUCAAGUGCAAAUUGGUAUGGACUGUGGCAGUGCGUUAUCGUUAGUUGCUGACACGGACCAGCCACGCUACGAACUGUGGGGAGAGACUGUUGAACGGGCUCGAAUCCUCAUGCAGAGCGCUAGCCACGGUCGAACCCUCGUCUCUGAAGAGAUCUUUCUCGCACUUCGACCACGAAAUCUUCACUUCAGCACGAAGUCCAUGAAGGCAGAAGACAUCGCACGAUUUACGGACUUCAAAGAGCCGAAAGCUGUGGGGAACGGCCGAUAUCUGAAUGUUCCUCAGACUUUGGUAAUAUUCUAA